UAACCUACACACCUUGUAUCCCACACCACUGGGCUAUACACUAGUCGCACUCUUUUUCUCUUCCUUGCUCAUUUUCAUUUGUAAUUUUUUUUGCCAGCAAUAUGCGCCAAAUAGCACUCGUAAUAUGCUUUGUGCUGCUACACUCUGUGUUUGCUGCCAGAGUUGUUCUCAACUGGGAUAUCACAGAAGUACACAUGGACAGAGUCGGGUCUGGCGUCAGGCGCUCGAUCGGUGUCAACAACUCCGCAGUGAUUCCGCCUAUCCUGGCGACCUUAAAUGACAUGCUUGUUAUCAAUGUCAAAAACUCGCUGGACGAGGGGACAUCUCUGCACAUACAUGGGUACAUAUACAAUGGCACCAGCUAUUUCGACGGCGCGCAGAUGGUUUGCGGCUGCAGCAUCGCACCAAAGAGCACAUUUACCUACGAAAUCCCAAUGGAGCAGGCAGGCACGUUCUGGAUUCACGGCCACUCAAACCACCACAAUGUCGAGGGGCUGCGGGCACCGCUGGUAGUGCAGAGCCCGGUCGAUCCGUAUUCUGGCCGAAAAGAGCUACUGGUUGCCUUUGAGGACUGGUUUGCAGCGCCCGUGGCCAUGCGUGCUAACGCGACAUUCGCCAAGCUGAACCCAAAAGCCACAGACUUCCCAGACGGAAUCAUCAACGGCGCCGACGCGCGGCAAGCAGGCAAGCUCCGGCUCGCACCGGGCCAGGAGUACCGCCUCCGCCUCGUCAACAUGGCAUCAGCCAUGUGGUUUGAUUUUGCCAUUGACGGACACGACAUGCUGGUGAUCGAGGUUGAUGGGGUAUUGACAGAAGCCGCCCCUGUGCGCUCCGUGCAGCUGGCUCCGGCGCAGCGUGUAUCAGUGCUGAUCCGGGCCAAGCCCACGGCUGCAUGGAACUACAGAUACAGGGUCAAGAUGUACUCGCUGCCAGAGUGCGCCAACACGCGCUACUACAGCGGCCGUGUGGAAUACGCUGCUAUCGCCCCAGUGUUUACUGGACCUUCCGCCAAUGCACCGGAAUUCAGCGAUAUUCAUUUGGUGCCGCUUAUCCGCGAGCCGCUUAUUGUGCCCGAGCGCUCUGUACGACUGGAGGUCGGGGCUGGCAUGUUCUCCAAUGGGCUCACGAUGCAUUUUAUAAACAAUGUUACCUAUGCAUUGCCCAAGGUUCCCUCGCUGUACACCGCGCUAACCACCGGCACCCUAGCGCGGGACCCGCGCGUCUACGGCCCGCAAUCAAACGCCCUGGUGCUGCGUAGCUUUGAGAGGAUUGAGCUCUACAUGGUGAACUACGGGCCGCUGGCGCAUCCGAUGCAUCUCCAUGGGCACGCGUUCCAGGUCGUCGAGUACGGCUUCACCAAUGGCACAAGGGCUGUUGAGCGGCCAAGGUCGCCGUGGCCGAUGCGGCGAGACACGGUCACGCUGGGACCAUUCCAGUAUGUGGCGAUCCGGUUCCAGGCUGACAACCCGGGCAUGUGGGUCCUGCAUUGCCACAACGACCGCGACCACUACGGCGGCAUGAGCAUGCUGAUAGCCGAGGCACCUGAAGUAUUGCAGCUGACCCCGGACAUGCCGCCAUCGAUUAGCAACCAGUGCACAAGCCAGGGGAUCAAGAUCGCUGGCAAUGCGGCCGGUAACGAUGGCCUUGAUAUGCGUGGUUUGCCCCCCGCUCCUGUUCUCAUACACCCUGUAUCACAUUGACAUAAACAGCCCCAGGCGCCCAAUAUA